CCGGUUUGCAUAAGUCAGCUGUAAUUCCAUUUGCCCUGUGCUCAUCGGUCCGAUACUCGCAGCAACAUACGGUUUGAUCCAUUCCUUGUUCCUUGGGUCCAAGCCUACGUAGCCGGGGCGCUUGAGCCCCGCAUAGAUACCCUACAUGGCUGCACCACAGGCUAGCUCGGCGCAGGACUUGACGGGGGAUUACGAGGACAACUCGGUGACGAUAGCUUUCGCGCUAAAUUUCAAUGCGACAAAAUGUGCUUGCUGGUGGCUGCUGUGGCUGCUAGCUGUAGUGUAUGCGUUCCGGAAGCGAACUGUGGCCAGCCGGGCAUGGUUCAUCUACGGGAUGCUGAUAGCGUCGUGCCUCUUCAACGCAAUCCAAACCUCCGCCUAUGUUGGUUAUGCGGACCACGUCCAACGGGGGCACUCGGGCCUCGUGGGCUACCUCGUGUACCUGUUCUUCUUCAACGUCGCACGCGCCACCUUCCUGGCUGUGUUGCUGGUGGUGGCGAGCGGCUACUGCAUCACCCGCAGCGACCUGGGGCCGCACAGGCAGCACGUGGUGUUCGUGCCGGUCACGGUGCUGGUCACGGGGUUGAUUACGGACUACUCGUUCUUUGCGCUGCAGUCCUCGCCCAACGCCGACACCUACGACCUGUCCACUAUGUCCACCCUGGCCGCCAGCAUGUGGUUCGUGUGCUCCGUGCUCAACCUGGCCGCGCUCAUACUGGCAUGGCUCUACAUAUUCGAGGCUCUGGGCAAGGAGGUGACCGCGCUGGACGAGGACUACAAGGCGCGCACCGGCAGGCUGGAGGAGGAGCGGCGCGCCGAGGCCGCCGCCGAGGCCGCCGCAGUAGCAGCCAUGGCCGGACACCCCGGCUAUGCCGCCCUAGCCCCGCCCGGCGGCGUGGCGGUGGGGCUGCCGGUGGUGGCGCCGCACACGGCGGCGGCGGACGUGGAGGCGGGCGGGCCUGGCGGCGGCCACGAGGGGGAGACGGUGGCUGACCACAUCGCCUACAACGCCAAGCGCACGCUGCUGUCGCGGUUUUCGGCGGGCGUGGCGGCGUACCUGGUGGCCGACAUCUGCGUGCUGCUGCUUCCCGCCUUCUUCAACCACGUGGUCCAGUCCACGCUGCAGGCGCUGCUGUUCCUGUGCUACCUGGUGUUCACACUGGUGCUGCUGGUGCUGUUCAGGCCCCAGGAAGCCAGCUCCUACCUGAUGGUGGGCUUCAGCGAGGAGGACGCCGAGGAGAAGGGAGUCAACCAGCUGUCAACUGGCAUCGCCAUGUCGGAGCUGGGCGGCCACGGCCCGGACGACUCGGACGACGACGAAAUCUCCCGACUCAACCGCCCCGGCAGCAGCGCCAGGCCGGGAGCGGGAGCCGCAGCAGCUGGAACAGGCCUCGCGGGCCGCGGCGGCGGCGGCAGCAGUGGCGGCGGCGCCAUUGUGGGCUCCCGCGGCGCCGCCAAGGCGGAGGCCAAGGCGGCCAAGGCGGCGGUGAAGGCGGCGAAGAAGGCGGGUAAGGAUGACGACCGCUACCGGCAGCUACCGGCGCUCGCCACCACCUCUGCCGAUAUCCGGAACUACUACGCCGGGCAAGGAGCCGGCGGCGCAGGGGCGGCCGCAGGGAACGGCGCAGGAGACGGCGGCAGCGGCCUCCCAGUCAGCACGCUAGCGGCAGGCACGCUGCCGCCGCCGCCCUCCUAUGGGGCCGCGGUGGCGCUGCCGCCGCCUCCGGCGCCGGCGGGGGCGCAGCGCGGGCGCCAGCCGCGGACGUACGUGCCGCAGCCGGCGGCGCCGUCGGGUCCGUUCACGCUGGAUGGGGAGGAGGACGAGGACGAGGCAGCGACGGCCACGCGGCCGCUCACGGGGGCCGGCAAGGGGCAGUACCAGGACUGAGGAUGCUGGGGUGCAGGCUCGACGGCUCGUAGAGGUUGGGGUUGAAGGUCGCGGUAUUGAGGCAGCGGUGGAAAGGCGGCGGUGGGAGCCGCGGUCUUUUUCUGGGUGUGGGGCAGCCGAGCCACUUACGCAGCCCGUAUGAAGUCGAUGUACGGUGAGGCUUCCGGUAGGCAGGGGGUUGACUUCGACUCGCAGUGCGUACCGGUAAUCACAGGAGUCCAUUCAGGCUGUCGCGCACCGGUGGGGCUCUGGCGGGCCUAGGGUUUGGAUGGUAUUGCUGUGCGGAACACAUUGGGAAGGUCGGCCAGGGAGGGCAGCUUCUGUCAGUAUGUGGGCAGGGGCAGGUUUGGGCGGUUCAACUCCGUCCUGGGCAUCAACAUGGCCAGGGGGUGUGAGGGUGGGGGCGGGCUUGUGCCCGGCAGCCUGGCCUGGGGCACGCGUGUGUCCUACUUAGACGUGUGGACCACCUGGACCCACAGGGAGGACAGGUUCGGUCAGUAUGUGGGCCAGGUGUGGAAUGGGUACGGUCCGUCAUGGGACCCUGCCUUCUUGUAAUUGUCGCAUUCAUGAGGCGAGUGCCCGCAUCCCGUCUGAGGCCCACCUCAUUACGGAAUCGAAGAUGCUGUAAGGAAAGCAGCAUGCAGCAGGCAACAAAACAAGCAGCAAUGUGAAACUGCAGUUCUUGUAUCGUCCAUUUGCACUGGAGAAGUUUGCCCCAAAUCCGCCGAAGGCGGCGAAAUCUUUUGGGAUUUUGGGCCGCGCUUCUACGGACUGUAGACGUUUUGGCGUAGAUUUGGCGUAUGUUAAGACGUUUUCGGGGGCUUGGGGGCUUGCCACUAACGGAAAAUUUUCCGGGUGACAGCCAUGUGAUGUGAAUGCACGUCACACGCGUGUGCGGCCCUCUCCCAGCAUGAGUUACGCCCCCCCUCAAGCUUGCAAAGGGGGCGCGUGCGCGCAUCUUGGUAGCGUAGGGGGCGGGAAGGAGGAGGAAAGCGCAGCGCCGCCCAAGAAGCGGCGCAAACGCGCAGGCUGAGGAGCCGGCUGGUGUCUAGGUAGCGGUCCGCGGUGGGGCUGGCAGGGCAUGCGUAGCGGCAUGACAAGUAGUGCGGCUGUUGACAACUGUGCUGCGUCUGGCUGCGGUUGGCAUCGCGAUUGCUAGGCACCUGGUUUGGCUAUGUGCCUGUGGAAACCGACCCCGGCUACGUCCGGGCGAUGAGGUUGUUCGGCCUCAGACUGUGGAGGGGCUCAGCCCCUUUUCCCGUGACCGGGGAACACUUGUCCGGGUGUAGAGAGGUAAUCUGCGCUCUGUAGACGCCGCGGAUCUGAAAGCAUCUACAAGAUACGGGCACUGUUUGAAAGCAGGCCUUGAAUGCUUGCACUGAACCCAGGGCUCCUAUCUUAAUGUCUCCAGACAUUAAUUGGCCAUUUUGGCCGUUUCCUAGACAUUCCUGCCGGGGGCUAAUGUCUGGGGUGAGACUUUGUUGGGCCGGGUUUGGGGCGGGUUUUGCCCAAAAUGCCAUGUGCCCAGACAAAAGACGGCGGCCACCCGGCCGUUUUUGUCUGGAGCUAGACAUUA